GUUGAAGUCACCAUUCAUGUUUGCGCUCUUGCCUGUAAGCACUUCUUUCAUUCGGAUAGGCUAUAUAUAUCUUGUGCAUUUUACUUCUAUUGACAUAUAAUUAUUUUGUCAUUUUACUGAUUAUACAUUUUAAAAUUGUGUAAAUGCGUUGUGGUGGGUAUUCCACGAACGGAUACUUUUUAGUGUUGAUUUUGGUACUAAGUAAAUGAAAUCAUGGAGAGACGAGUAAGAAGGAUUCGACAGGAAAGACAGCGACGAAACACUCAACCUAUUAUGUACAAGCCAGAAAGGGAACCCUCUCUUCAAGAUUUAGCUAAUGUGGGUAAAUCAUCCCUAGCACUAUCUUUACCUCGAACAACAUCUGCAACUGAUCUGACUGCUGAUAACAUACAAAUAAAGCCAGCAAAUUUAAAUAGAAGUUCUUCUUUUUCAAAUGUUUUAAAUACAAGUGGUCAGAGACCCACCUCAAUACCCACUGAUUUAAGAAUGUAUAAACAAAAAUGGAAGUCUGUAUGUGACUUAAAUGCAACGAAUUCUGAUAACUUUAGUUUGAUGAGGACCAAUUCAUUGCAUUCGCUUUGGUCCAGUGAAAGACAUUUGGCUCCCGAAGAUGUUGGGAGUGUGUUCACUUAUGCUCGCUAUCGUUAUAAAAGAGGGAUAUUUCGGGAAUAUAUUUACUCAUUUUUAUCUAAGAAAGCUGAAAUAGUGACUCGACGAAGGGUAAGUGUUAGCAGAUAUCUGUUUAAUUUUUAUCUUGAAAAAUUAGGAUACGAAUAUAGGGUAGAAAAUCGAGUAUUCUUUCAUACCACUUCUUAGGGGUAUAAAUAAAUGGAACACGUUUAAACUUGACAAAAAUUUCUUUAGUUGAAGUAAAAUUUUCCAUUUUGUAUGCUAGUCAUGGCAGCUUUUAUAAGCAACAUUUAUAUUCAUAACUAUUUAAUGGGGUUCGAAACGUGUUGACUGCUGAAAAAAAUUAUAGUUAUUGAUUAAAUUGCAGAAAUAUCGAUUUACAUUUUAUUUUCAUUACCAGAUAACUUUAAAAAAAAACGGUAUGUUGCAGGUAUCAAUGUAAUUUUUUUGCUGCUGUUUAUUUUUUAAUCGUUAGUUUUCAGGUUUCAUUAAUCUAGUCUUUAGAAUUACUUUAUCAAUCAUAUUCUCUUUAAAUGAAAUCGAUAUUAUGUUUUCUGUAAUUCAUACUUAUCAUUGAGUAAUGAUUGUACAAACAAGUGUUCGUCAAUUGUUGCGUGAGUUUAUGUGAAUUUUUGUGUGACCAGAGGUCACGUGAGUAAACAACGUGAACAACAUAACCUUUUAUGCUCAAUGCUGAAUAGUAUAUUAUAGUGUAUUAUAAAAAAAUAUUAGUCAAAAGAGAAAUCAGACA